GCCGCUGCUUCCUCUUCCCCGUGUCGUUUUCAUCUUCGCUGGCACGUCGUUUUCAUCUUCCUCUUCCCCAGGUAGCUCGGCACGUCGUUUUCAUCUUCGCUGGCUUCUCGGCACGGAACCCAGUUUUCAGAACCUUGGCCCUCACUCACUCACUCUCUUCCCCCAACACCCCCUGUUCGUGAAUCACUAUCUUUGAACUGAAGCAAAGUUCAAAAUCACCCAACCAAAACCCUAGGUUCUCCCUGCAACAGUUCUGAGACAGUGCCGCCGCGGUCCGUGCUGUCGGCGCCUCCGCGUCCUCUCUUGUAGCCCGGCGUCCUCCUUCCUCCUGUCUCCGUCAUCCCUGGCUUCUCUAUUUGAGGUUGUAGUAGCUUGGCGUCGUCUCGCCGGUCGCCGUUCGUGUCUCCAUCGAAGGAACAAGAAAACUAACUCUUUUUCUGCCCUCUGGUUGAUUUCAGAAUCUAAAUUCUAAAUUCCUCCAACUUCUCCGCGACUUCACCAAUAGAGCCUCCAUCUUCAUGCGGGUGCUGAAUUCAACACUCACUUUGUGUUGAUGGGGAUCACAAAACCUCCUUGCAUUAGUUCUUAUGCUUCCCAUUCCGAUUUAUACGCCGAUGUUCUCCAAUCCGCUAUCAAAUCCAGAGACCCUUUUGUCGGAAGAUCCGUUCAUGCUCGAAUCAUCAAACAUGGCCUUCACUUGGGUGUCUUCUUGAUGAACAAUCUCCUCAAUUUUUAUGCUAAAACUGGAUCCUUCUCUGAUGUUCACCGCGUGUUCGCUGAAAUGCCGCUGAAGACCAUUUUCUCUUGGAACACCAUUCUGUCAGCAUAUGCCAAAAGGGGGAACUUCGAAGCUGCACGGCGAGUGUUUGAUGAAAUUCCUGAACCCGAUUCUGUUUCCUGGACUUCAAUGAUAGUGGGGUAUAACAUGUUGGGUCGUUGUGAUAAUGCCAUUCAUAUGUUUCUCAGGAUGAUUUCAUGUGGAGUGUCGCCAACCCAGUUCACAUUUACCAAUGUUCUUGCUUCAUGUGCUGCAACUGAAGCACUGGAUAUUGGUAGAAAGGUUCACUCCUUCAUUGUAAAACUUGGAUUAUCCAGUGUUGUUCCUGUGGCCAAUUCACUUCUUAACAUGUAUGCAAAGUCAGGUGAUUCAGUAAUGGCAAAGGUUGUGUUUGACCGGAUGAGGUUGAAAGACAAAUCAACUUGGAAUACUAUGAUUUCAAUGCAUAUGCGUUUUGGUCAACUUGACCUUGGACUUGCCCAUUUUCAGGAAAUGACUGAUCCAGACAUUGUCUCUUGGAAUUCGAUCAUUACAGGAUAUACUCAUCAAGGGCAUGAUGUCAAAGCCCUUGAAGUUUUUUCGCUUAUGCUUAACAGUUCAUCUUCAAAGCCAGAUAAGUACACCUUGGGAAGUGUUUUGUCAGCUUGUGCCAAUCUUGAAAAUUUGAAACUUGGGAAACAAAUCCAUGCGUACAUGGUAAGAGCUAAUCUAGACAUAUCUGGAGCCGUGAGAAAUGCUCUGAUCUUAAUGUAUGCAAAGGCUGGUGGCAUUGAAAUUGCUCAUAGGAUUGUAGAUAUUAUAGGUAUCUCAAAUCUUGAUGUUAUAGCAUUCACAUCACUGUUAGAUGGCUUUGUCAAAAUUGGGGAUAUAAACCCGGCAAGAGAUAUAUUUGACUCACUAGAAUAUCCAGAUGUAGUUGCAUGGACAGCCAUGAUUGUAGGUUAUGCACAGAAUGGUUUACUUAGCGAUGCUUUGGAUCUCUUCAGGAAAAUGGUUAGAGAAGGUCCAAAGCCAAACAACUAUACUUUAGCUGCAGUUUUAAGUGUCUUUUCAAGCUUGGCUUCACUUGGUCACGGUAAGCAGCUUCAUGCAACUGCCAUAAGAUUGCAAGAAGCAUCAUCAAUUUCUGUUGGUAAUGCUUUAAUUACUAUGUAUUCAAGAUCAGGAAGCAUCAGAGAUGCAAGGAAAGUAUUCAAACAGAUAUGCUCUAACAAGAAUAAAUUGACUUGGACUUGCAUGAUUAUAGCUCUAGCUCAACAUGGUUUUGGAAAAGAUGCCGUAGAACUGUUUGACACUAUGCUGAAACUUGAUAUAGAGCCUGACCAAAUUACUUAUGUUGGUGUCUUGUCUGCUUGUUCGCAUGUGGGAUUGGUACAACAGGGGUUCAUAAAAAUGUGGAUUUAGCUAAAGUGGCAGCUGAAAAUUUGCUUCUUCUUGAUCCCAACAAUAGUGGGGCUUACUCGGCACUUGCUAAUACGCUUUCAGCUUGUGGAAGAUGGAAAGAUGCUGCUAUGAUUAGGAAAGCAAUGAAGGACAGAGCAGUAAAGA